AUGUCAUCAUCGAGUAAGUUUUACUUAUCUUUAUUUGUUUUAUACACUAUAAGUAAAUAAGUUCAGAUCCAAAAACGCCUGAAAAAGAAAAAGAUAAAUCGUUAAAAUCGCCAACACCAAAACCAAGAGAGAAUGGAUCUGAUAGAAAUAGAAAGAAAGGAACAUCGGGAACAAAGAAAUAUGGACCAUUCAAAGCUGGAGCAAUUAUUGAUGGACUAGGAUCGUAUAAAGUGACGUCACUUAUUAGAAAUGCAGGACCAUAUGCUGAAUAUUUUGUGAAAGAUAUGAAAGAAGAUAAAGAUCGUGUAAUGCGUUUGGAACCAAUCAAAAAACGAAAACUCAAAUAUAUGAGUGAAAUAUUGAAAAAAGAAGUUCCAGUAGAAACUGAUGAUGGUCUUCGGAGUUAUUUAUUAGAAUGUAUUGAAUAUGGGGUUUAUAUCAAAAAGAAAACUAAUGUAAGAAAUACGAAUUAAAAAAAAUGAAACGAAAAAACGAUUUUUUCAGUUUAUAAUUCUGAAUGCUCAUCAUCUACAAUUGGUCGAAGUUCAAAAAGCGCUAGCUGUUAAUUUCACACCAGAUUGUUCUCUUAAUGUUGCUCUUCAAACUUUAGAAGCAAUCAAAGUUCUACAUAAUGCAGGUUAUAUCAAUCGAAAUAUCAAACCAGCUACUUUUAGUAUUGGAUAUGGAUCAAGUGAACAUUUGGUUUAUAUGGGAGAUUUUAGAAUAACUCGAAAACACAUUGAUGAUACUACUAAAAAACCAAGAGUUCGUAAAUGUACAAUGUUUUUGAUAAUAAAUAAAAUCAUUUUUCUUUUCAGGAAGCUCGUCCGAGAUGUCGUUAUUUAGGUACAGUAAGAUAUUCUUGCCUUGCUGCACUUCUCGAUCAUGAUCAAGGAAGAAAAGAUGAUUUGGAAUCAUGGCUUUAUAUGGUUUAUGACUUUUUUGAUAUGGAAAAUGGAAUAUUUUGGAAAUAUCUACCAAAACCAAGAGUUAUAAAAGCCAAAGAAGAUCUGAAAAAUCACAAAAUUCCUCAAGUCUAUAAAGUUGUUCCCGAAGAAUUCAAAAAAAUAUUGGAUUUGAUUCAUUCGUGGAAAUACGAAACAGAGCCGGAUUAUAAAGCAUUGAAAACAAUGUUGGAAGAUUUUGCGAACGAGAAAAAAUAUGACACAAAAUGCUGUGAUUGGUUAUUGAAAGUGAAUGCAACGAAAGCUGAAAAUGCAAUUGAAUUAGCUGAUAAUAAAUCAGAAGAUAAUAUGUGUUCGGGUUUCGAUGAUUUCGAGUAUGUAUUUCAAUUCAUUUUAGAUAUAUUACAAUACUUUAUAUUUCAGAUAUGGAAAUGAAAAAAAGAAAAACAAACCCAACAAAGCAGCUCGAAAAAUAUUAUCUGGACAUGAUUCAAUUAAAAAUGGAAGGAAUAUUUGGACAGUUGUUUCAUUACUUGGAUCUGGUGGAUUUGGCGAUGUUUAUAAGGUUUAUAAUGAACAAGACAAACGGAAGAAACAUUAUGCAUUGAAAACAGAAAGUGAAGAUGGAAAAAAGAUAAUGUUACGCUUGAAAGUUGAAAUGCAGGUGUUAAUGGCAAUCCAAGAAUUUCGAAAACAAAAAGUUGUAAAUCCUUGUAAACAUUUUGUGGAAUUAAUAGAUCGUGGAAAAUCAGAAGAACUAAAAUUCAAAUUCAUUGUAAUGACAAUAGUUGGUCCAUCUCUUGAUGAUUGUCGCAAAAAAUAUCAUGUUGAUUUAUCAAAUAAAUCAACACCAUAUAAUAUUGCACAACAAACACUUGAAGGAAUACGUGAUUUACAUCAACUAAACUUUCUUCAUCGAGAUAUCAAACCAGCUAAUUUUGCUGUUGGAAUCGGAGAUAAUGAGAGUUUGAUUUACAUGUUGGAUUUUGGUAUUUGUCGAAGUUUUGUUGAUCCAACAACCAAACAAAUUCGAGCACCAAGAAAUAAAGUCAAAUUCCUUGGAACUGUUCGUUAUGCAUCUCGUUCUUGUAUGAGAUGUGAAGAUCAAGGAAGAAAGGAUGAUUUGGAAUGUUGGCUUUAUAUGCUAUUUGAUAUAAUCGAUGAUGAAGACGGAAUUCCAUGGAGAAAAUUGAGAGAUCGAGAGAAAAUUAUCACUGCCAAAACAUUGUUUUUCAAAUUGAAAUGUUAGUUAUUACAAUAUAAACAACUCUAAUAAUUUUCUUUUCAGUAGAAGUUGUCUACGAAAAUAUUUCAACAAAAAUGAAAACAUUGGUGACAUAUAUUGAUUCAUUGGAAUAUCAAUCAAUUCCUGAUUAUCAAUAUAUAUUGAAUCAAAUUUCGAAAAUAGCAGAUCAUGUUGGACAUCCAAUUGGAGUAGCAAAAGCUGAAUGGCUGGGUAAAUUGAAGAAUUUGCCAGCUAAAGACAAAUUUGGAGAAUCAGAUAGUAGUAGCAGUGAUGAUCAAUCAGGAUCUGGUGAUGAUUGA